UGUCUGGUGGUCCCAGGGUCAGCCGUCCUGGAGAGCUGCGGCAGGAGUACGAGGAUGAGGUGACUAAGCUGAUGGAGGAGCGACGGGCGCAGGACGAAGAGGAGAAGCGAGCCAGUGAGGAGCUGAUCCAGAAGCUGCUGAUGGAGGAAGAGGAGCUGCUACAGGAGGAGAGGAGGAGUAAGGARGAGGACGAGCAGCUGGCCCGACAGCUCAGCAACCAGCUGAACUCGCAGGAAGUCCUUCAUGUCUCCAUCGUCACUCCGGCCAAGAAGACAGGGGUGGUGGUGGGAAACAUGGACAGYUUUCUGUGUCCUCGAGCUCCUCAGCCCAUCUGCACCUCCAGCUUCGUCUUCAACAAGGAGAACAUCCUCUUCCUGGAGGCGGAGCUUCAAGUGGACAGGCCUCGCCCACAGACGGACAAGGAUCAGCUGAUCAGAUCUUCAUCAGCGAAGAGGAAGAGCUCUGAGCUGGACACAGCCGAGGAACAAGAGUCCACCACCAAACGGACCUUGAUGUUCCCUUCCUCCUCUCCUCUGGAGGCGGGGCUUGGGACUGAAUGGGAGGCGGAGCUACAGGUGAGGCAGCGGCAGGAGGAGGAGGACCGCCAACUGGCUCUGCUCCUGCAGAAGCAGCUGGAUCAGGAGGAGAGACAGAGAGCCACCGACAGGAGGAAAGACUCCUCCAACGCCUACCUGCUGCGCCACCACAAAGGAGGGAAGGAGGGGGCGGGGCUUUCUAACACACCUGGAAGAGGUUCCAGCAAAUCUGCCAGAACUACCACUAGCUGCUCCUCCUCCUCCUCCUCCGCGACCAGGAGGAGCAUUAGACAYACGACUCUGACUGAGAUCUUUUCUCCUCCUCGCUCCUCUUCAUCCUCCUCCUCCUCAUCUUCCGCUCAAACAAACAGUAAAGAAUAAAAACAAUUUUCAGAGAGAUGUUUUAUUUUGAAAGGGUUGCAUUUCCACCUGUUCAGGUUGUUUUCAUCGUUUAAUGUUCGGUUUCUGUUCAUCAGUUCUGCCAUGUUUAGUUUGUUCUCAUGAGGGCGGGGCUUAAACCAAAGAGUCACAUGAUUCCUGUUUCCACUGUGACACAUGAACACACAACAUAGGUCACAUGACAGGAAGUGCCCUGUGACGGAACGGUCUCUGUCAGAACCUUUAUUAUCAUUAAAAUUAAAGUAUUGAUCAGAA